AUGUCAUUGAACCAGAGGAAACAGGAGAGGGACUUCACCGCCGAGGUUAAAGCCUUGCAGCCAGAGGUAGAACAACUCGCCAAGAACGGUAAAUUACAGGAAGCUGUCGAUCGAAUAUCAUUAUUAGAGAAACAGACUCGAAAUGCCGCAGAUAUGACAUCUACCGCUACCUUGCUUACCCUACUCACUCGAUUAUGUUGGGAACAAUCCGAUCUCGACCUGUUGAACGCCCAGUUAACGAUAUUAUCGAAGAAACAUGGUCAGCUGAAGGAAGCCGUCGUGAGGAUGGUUGACGAGGCUAUGACUUGGUUGCCUACGCUCAAGUCGCAGAAGGAUCAAGGGAAGUUUAACGGUGGGAAAGAUAGAUGGUUGGAAUUGGUAAAGACUCUCAGGGAUAUUACUGAAGGAAAGAUAUACCUCGAGUUACCCAGAGCAAGAUUAACAGUCAUGUUAGCUUCAUACCAUGAACAAUUAUCCGAGACUGCACCCAAAGAAUCAUCAUCAUCAACCACUCCCGCUCCUUCCACUUCAACUGCCACUGACAAAGACAAGGCCAAAGCCGAACCUGUGACGGCCAAAGAUCACCUCGACGUAGCAGCAGACUUGAUGUCUGAUAUCCAGGUGGAAACUUACAGUUCUAUGGAUAAGAGGGAAAAGACCGAGUUCAUUCUCGAACAAAUGCGAUUAGAGUCAUUGAGGGGCAAUUGGGUGAGAGUCAGAGUAGGUUCGAGGAAGAUCAACAGGGUGUAUCUGAAGGAGAAAGAUAGUCAAGAUAUCAAACUUCGAUAUUACGAUUUAAUGGUUCAGCUGGCUUUACAAGAUGACGAAUACCUAGAGGCAUGUUCGGCAUAUCAGGAAGUAUGGGAUACAGAGGAAGUCAAAGCUGAUCCAGCAAAGGAAUUGAACGUUUUGGAAAACAUCAUGAUCUACGUUGUACUCGCUCCGUACAAUAACGAACAAUCCGAUAUGUUACACAAAUUGUAUGCCGAUCCGGCUUUACAAAAAGCCCCUCAACACUUCGAUCUAGUCAAGUGCUUCGUCACGAGAGAACUCAUGCGAUGGUCAGGUAUCGAACAACUCUACGGCCCAACAUUACGUCAAUCUCCCAUAUUCGCCUCAGGAAGUACAUUGGGUAAGAAGACUGGUAUCAAAGCGGAAGGUAAAAAGUCGGAGGAGAUUGAUAAUCCCGGGCAAGUAAGGUGGGAAGAGUUGCACAAGAGGGUCACAGAGCAUAACAUAAGAGUCAUCUCAACCUAUUACUCACGUAUAACCCUCCAACGACUUCAAGAACUCCUUGACCUCCCUUCCACCCAGACAGAAAAGACAUUAUGUAAAUUAGUGACGGACAAGACGAUCUACGCAAGAAUCGAUAGACCAAACGGUAUAGUCAAUUUCAAAAAUAAGAAAUCGACAAACGAGAUUUUGAACGGUUGGUCAAAUGAUAUUUCAAAGAUGUUGGGUUUGGUAGAAAAGACUAGUCAUUUGAUUUCAAAGGAAUAUGCAAUGCAUGAAGCUAGUAGAGGCAAGAAGGUGACUGCGUAG